GCGACAACCUGGCUGGCUUUUCGGGAUGCGAGGUACGGCAGCAUUGGAACAUUCCGCACCGCACCCAGGCACGGCACCUCAUGCACCCAUCAGUAUACUGCCGUCGUCUCGACAAUUUCCAAGGGAUACUUGCCGUACAGCCCGCUCUCUGGCCGUAUGCAGGGGGAGAGACUAAUCAUGAGGUAUUGCAUCCCGGGAGAGAGCUUCGUGUGAGUGGGAUAACCGCUUUUCCGGUAAGAUGCGGUGCCAGCCACCUGGGCUUCAACUGAAGUCGGGGACGCUAUUUGAGAUGAUCUUUCCCCAACGCACUGCCGAUCGUGACAAUCUUCAGCAAUCGCGCACUCAGGUUUCUUAGGCCCGAAUCACACGAGUCUGGCUAUCUCUGGACGCCCGCCGAGUCCAACAGACCAUGGAGAGAGGCGGUGGUAGAAACACAAACCACAUCUUCAACAGGGUCUACUCUCCAGCCAGCUUACCUCCCCUCGCCCUUCACGACUCCUCACAAUCAUCAGUGGGGGCGAGAAGGACGACAUGGCGUGAAAAAAAAACAAAGGAACUUUUCCAUUUCCCCCUUCUCACGACCCGGAUGCCAUUCGAGCGCCCGGAAUCGUUAUAUAAAGCAGCGUAUUUCUCCCGACUUCCACAUUUUCAUCAUCGGUCUCGUCCUCCGUACCCUUGACGCUUCCGUUAUUAAGCUGCCGGGUUUCCAAACAUGACUCUUCAAAACAGUAUCAAGGCGCUCGCUGCAUUGGGUGCCCUUUACGGGGCUACCGUUGCUGCAGUCCCGACCGCGAACUGCGUGGGUUUCCUUUUCUAGUCGAGUUUCUUGUCGUGUUUAGUGCUAAUAAUAGUGCUGGUGGUGCAGUGCUCUCUCUUGGAAGCUGCUCUUCCCGGCCGGAUCCUGAGCAUUGGAUCUGCCAAUUACGCUACCGUGAAUCAUGACUUUUGGUGUAUGUUUGCCGUAUUCCCGGCUUUUUGAUAUUGGCUCUCUGACUCGACAAAUAUAGCAUCUACUACCGUCCUUUCUCCUGGUUGCAUCUUCUCCCCAACCAGUUCGCAGGAAGUUGCCCGGGCCGUGAAGCUCUUCACCGACAACCAAUGCAAGUUCGCCGUCCGAGGGGGAGGCCACUCCGCUGUCCCCGGUGCCGCAAACACCAACGAUGGUGUCCUCAUUGUCACUGAGGGCCUCAACGAGCGCACGGUUACCAACGAAAACUCCGUCUGGAUCGGUGCCGGAAACACCUGGGGUCCCGUCUAUGACUUCCUCGGCCCUUCCCACAAAGCAGUCGUCGCUGGCCGUUACUACCCCGUCGGCACUGGCUUGCUCUUGGGUGCCGGUCUCUCAUUCUUCGGAAACGAGCUUGGGCUCGCCAUCGAUAACGUCAGGACUUACGAAGUCGUCUUGUACAAUGGCACCAUUGUCCAUGCCAGCGCUACCUCUCACCCCAAUCUCCACCGAGCGCUUAAGGGUGGUGGCGACAACUAUGGUGUCAUCACCAGAUACGAGCUCAUGACCAACAACAUUCCCGACUGGAUUUGGGGAGGUAUGGUGUACUAUAACCAGUCCCAGCUCUCUCAGGUCGAGGACGUCGUCUACGACUACCAUGUGGACAAAGCUGUCAACGAUGUGAAGACCCACGUUCUCCCGCAGUACGGCUUCAACGGUACCACCAACGAGACCAUCAACUUCUCCCCCAUCUUCUACAACGGCGCCUUGAAUUCCACCCCCGCCGCCCUCCAACCCUGGCUCGACGCUCAGCCGUACCGCAACACCAUGCGCCAAGCCCAGAUGGUCGAUCUCGCGCGUGAGUUCAAUGCAGGGUUCGAGUAUGGUCUCGUGCAGGUACAGCGGACUUUCACCAUCUACGCGGAUAAAGAGUUUUUCCACGACGUGUGGUAUCAAUUCCAGGUCUGGCUUCAGGAAUACAGACACAUUCCCGGCUUCUACGGGCUGCAUUGUAACAUGCCUGUUACACCUAAUGCCGUUCAGGAGGGUGUUCGGAAUGGUGGAAAUGUUCUUGGGCUGGAGGGUGCCGGGAGCCGAACUUUGUCGAGUAUUGCCCCCUCCCAUUCUUCUUUUCUCGUACAAUUAAUACUGAUCAAUGAUAGUCUUGUACUUCGGCUUGACUUUCAACAACCUUUCCGACACGGAUAAGGUCUUCCCGGCCUUCGCUAAGUUCGUCGAGUCGAUGAUCCGCCUCGCUGAGCAGCGCGGUGUCCGCCACCCAUACAUGUAUGCCCCCUUCUCCUCACCAUUGCGUUUGCUAAUACCCUCCAAAGCAUGUGGUCCUAUGCCGGCCAUGACCAGCGUGUCAUCGAAAGCUAUGGCCAGGAGAAUAACGACUUCCUCCGCCGUGUUAAGCAGGAUUAUGAUCCCGCCGGGACCUUUACCAACUUGGUCUCUGGAGGCUUCAAGCUUCCCGCCCGUGGAUAUUAGGGUUGGAUCUCCGUUGGCGGCCUGUCGGAAUAGAUUUAGGGUUAGGGUUUCUCUUGUGGGACUUGCGGAUUUCUGAGACUUUUCUUCUCCUUCCUUUCCAUUCUCGGAGGAUUGGCUGGGGACUGGUUAAUGGCCCUUCAACAAUUUCUCGUUUUUUUUUUCUCUCUUUCUUUCUAUCUUUUUUUGGCUGUUUUGGGUUUUUGGGUUUUUGCGGUGGCUCACAGGGCAGAUAUAUUUAUCGUCUAAAUUAACCAUCCCACGUUCACAUAUG